GCAGAAAGAAGGCGGGAGAGUGAACGAGAGACUACAAGUAUCGACCGAUCGGUCAGUUGAUCGAGAGAUCCAGAGAGAGAGAGAGAGAGAGAGAGAGAGAUCAGCAAUGGAAGGUGCGGAAUCGGAACCAACUCGGAUAAUGGUAGCGGUGAACGAGUCGUCAAUCAAAGGAUACCCACAUGCGUCCAUUAGCAGCCGCGGUGCAUUCGACUGGACCCUCCAGAAGAUCAUCCGCUCCAACACCUCCGGCUUCAAGCUCCUCUUCCUUCACGUUCAAGUCCCUGACGAAGAUGGGUUUAAUGACAUGGACAGUAUUUAUGCGUCACCUGGAGAUUUCCAGGAUAUGAAACACAGAGACAUGAAAAGAGGGCUUCACUUGCUGGAGUACUUCGUUGGGAGGUCUCAUGAAAUUGGGGUUCCUUGUGAAGCAUGGAUCAAGAAAGGUGAUCCAAAGGAAGUGAUCUGCCAUGAGGUGAAGCGAGUUCGGCCUGAUCUUCUGGUUGUAGGAAGUCGUGGGCUAGGCCCUUUUCAAAGGGUGUUUGUUGGAACUGUGAGUGAAUUUUGUGCAAAGCACGCAGACUGCCCUGUGGUUACGAUCAAACGCAAGGUGAAUGAAACCCCAUCGGAUCCUGUUGACGAUUGAUGGUUCCCAAUCUGUGCUCAAAUUUGUAAUGUUUCCAGACAAUAUUACGUGUCACGUGACAAACACAACCAUACAUUU